GCCAUCGUCAAUUGCACCAAAAAAUACUCUUAUUUUCUGACCUUCAAACAUUCGAGAAAACCCCAGGACGACUUGAAGCUGGAUCGUGGGCCCGUGCCUCCGAACCAUGCUAGAAAUAUCACGGGUGUUCCCAGGUGCACCAAACGCGGAGGCAGAACUAUGUUUCCUCCUGCACCGAGGGCAGCUCCUAGUGGUGUAUUCAUCUCAAGGCAAUAUCGUGCUUCUCAAAGCGCCAACGCUCGCCGUACACCGGGUGAUCGCCUUUUUCGAAGCAUAUCCGGGGUUCACAGAGCUCGAGGCCCGCAUCGGUGCUCUGGUGACUGACUCAGAUGUUGGCUUGAUUGUGGCAGCAGUUGGAACACAAAUUGCAUUCUGGGUCCCCGGCGUUGGAGACAAAUGGAAGGUACAUUCAACAUUAAGUGUACCCCUCCCGGUCCGGUCGCUGGAUCAUCAAGCUGGUCGAUUGCUCGUUGCGACCGAUGAAAAGUUGUCAAUAUGGGAGCAGAGGGAAGACAGCGGAAUUAUUGUGUGGAAUAAUGUGUGGGAAACUGGCAUUGAGUCCGCUCCUGUCAUUGUCCGUCUAUCAGAAACGGGGGCAGCGAUUGCUUAUGCGUACAAGGAUGCCAGAGCCGUACACCUGAUCGACACCCGAAGAGCCACCCUGCAGACCCUGCGACAUCCUCGUUCAAUAACCAGCCUCACAUGGCGCCGUCCAACUGCUGGAAAUCGAUCCUCCCUGACCCUGUUUACCGUAACGUCCGACAGCACAGUUCGAAUAUGGCAGCCAGUAUUGGACGCACCCCAUGACCUUCGACUUUGGGGAACGAUCGAUGCGGACUCAUUCUUCGAGGACGAGCGUGCAGUCCAAGUGCGCUGGCUGGAGCGUUCCGUCCGCCCAGAGGAAGGUGGAGCAUUGUACGAAGACAUUUUCUUUGCUGUGGACGGCAGGGGGCGAAUAAGCUUGACAACUGUCCAAAAUAUCGAACAAAGACCGCCCACUCUACUCUCUGUUAAUCAAUCACAACCAUUACCUGAUGUUCACACAAUUACUCCUGAUAACACCACUGCCGUUAUACCAAUACCAUCACCAUCCGAUACCCUGGUCAUGUUUCUCUCCCAACAAUCUCUGGAAUCCCUCACGGUUACACUGUCUUCCUACCUAGACGACAUCAAGGACGCUUCGGACCCACUGCCACCUUCAAUCACGGAACCUUUUGGUUUCCAGCAUUCAGAAACUAUCCGUGGUCUGCAUCUGCGUUCGGAUGGAAGGGCUUUCCUGACGCAAGCCGAUUCGGAGAUCAUCCUAUGGGAGGCGACCACCGGUACUCCUCGAAAUGUCUCGAAAUGGAAGAUCAGUUGUGAACUUGCCGCAAUCGUCGAGGAUGACGUACUCGUAUAUACCGGAAAGACACUAGCCCUGCUCACCAAGGACGGGUCUCAGCGCAGCGUCCAGGCUCUCAAAACGCCCAUCUUGCGAUUCAUGAACUCCACCAUGUACCUUCUGGCGCUCACAGAUACUCAUUGCUUAGAGCUGGAUCGACAUUCUCUCGAGAUCCUGGCAGAAGUACCCUUACCCGCAGGGCCAGUCAGUAUUCGCGUUCCCAUUUUCGGGCACAAUCGCGAGAUAUUGGAUGUGACCGCAGAAGGUGACCUGUCUUUCUGGAGAUACGCGGACAGUGAAUGGAGACAAAUCGGUGGCCUUGCGACUGGCAUACAAGGUGUCAGCAUGGCGGCUUGUAGUGUUGACAGACGAUCAGCCCUUGUAAAACGCGAUGGUAAAGGAUAUCAUUUGUCCAUAUGGAACUCCAGACUGUCACAGUUCUCGUCCGGAUUGGAGUUUGAGUGCACGUUUAGCGAAGAGAUCCUUUCACUACGGUGGACAUUCGGCACUUCGGACGGUCUGGCUGUGUGUUUCAAAACUCAUUCGGUUAUCAUGUGGCCAGAGCGUAUGACGUACUUCGAUGAUGCGCCUUCUUGGGCGUCCUGGCUGCAUAUUUAUGUGGACGAGUUCAGUCCACUCGCCUUGACUGGAGCAUCGUUCCUGGGAGAUGGUUCUCUGGUUGUGACCGCCGGUAAUCAGGUCAUCUCAUUUAACCCAAAGCUGAAAGAUCCUCCACUCUCUGAAUCAUCGAAUCUCUUGGAGUUGAUCAUCAAUGGCAUCGGCCCACUUCCGGACUGGCACCCACAGGUUGUUCUACAGUGUCUGCUUUGGAAUAAAGUCGAUAGAGUCAAACAGGUGAUCGAACGUUUGGCGAAGGUGAUGCUAGAGGAAGGUGCAACCGACGCAUCAGUGCACUCGGCAUUGAUGCACCUCAGCGAUGAACCUUACGAUGAUGAAUAUCAGGAGAACCAGCAGACAUCCGCUAUGCGUGAGCAACGCCAUUCUACCCUGUUUGAAACCGAAACGGAGGGGAUUGACGACGAUGAUCCAUGGAAAUUCUCGCGCCCUCUCAUCACGAAACUCCUGAAGAUACUGGACAUACGCCCUAUCCCAAUGCUCACGGUCAAAGAAGAGGAGCAUCUUGAAGCUCUCAUUGAGACGACGCUUGAGAUUGAUGAACAGAGGCGUGCUCUCGAUGCAAAUGGUAUCCGCUAUCUCAUUUCCAUUCGCUCCUUUUACAUCCUCAAUCGCAAAUCGAAAGAAUCUCCAAGCGCGAUCCAAGACCUGCCUCCGGUGAUUGAGGCAAGAAGUCGUAUCCGAUAUCGUGAUAUGGUAUGGGCAUAUCAUAGCGAGACCCAAGGAUUGCUUCUUCAAACGUGUACACAGGCCUGUAACGAUAAGAUGGCGUGGAGCGACGCACGCGCCUUGGGGGUAUUCCUUUGGGUAACUUCCACCGACGUCUUGAAGAAUCAAAUGGAAAUUGUCGCUCGUAAUGAGUACAUGGCCGGCGGGGAGAGAGACCCGGAACGAUGUUCUCUUUACUAUUUUGCUCUAGGCAAGCGGCGACUUGUCCACGGUCUAUGGAUGCAAGCAGCGUGGCACCCUGAGCAAACGGUCAUGUUGCAAUUCUUGUCCAACGACUUCGACAUUCCAAGGUGGAAAACGGCGGCACUGAAGAAUGCAUAUGCCCUGUUGGGAAAGAAACGCUGGCAAUACGCUGCCGCUUUCUUCUUGCUUGGUGGCGCUCUUCAGGAUGCGGUGAAUGUUUGCGUCAAGCAGCUAAACGACAUCCAACUGGCCAUUGCAAUAGCUCGCAUAUACGAGCAAAGCGACAACGGGUCGGUUCUCCGGGACCUGCUCUUGAAGACCAUAAUACCGAUUGCAUUCGAACAGGAUAAUAGAUGGCUUGGCAGUUGGGCCUUCUGGAUGCUUCACAAGAGAGAUAUGGCGGUUCGAAUCGUUAUGACCCCUCUUUCCGACCUAGCCAAGACCCUUGAUGUUCCUAUAGAGAUCUUCGGCCGGCCCAACUAUGACGACCCCAGUCUGGCAAUGCUAUUUGCACAGCUCAAAGCGAAGACCCUCCAGGCCGCGAAAGGAACAAGUGAAAUCGCCCCACAAACCGAAUUCAAUUUUGUCCUCCAGAUUGCUCGCGUAUUUUGCCGAAUGGGCUGUCACAUAUUAGCAUUGGAUUUGGUCAGGUCGUGGUCCUUUGACAGACCAACGGCUGUCGUAACACAGUCAGCAGUCGACGAUGGAUUCGAGAUGCGCCCAACAGCUGUUUCAUCCGCCCGCCGCAGUAGCUUCUUCAAUCUAGCGGGGCGCAGAAGGUCGUCAGUUCUUAUCGAUGUUGACGUCAAGUCUCUUCCUCAGACUCGGGCACCCUCGCCGAAGUUGCCCACCGUUGCUGAGAACUCCGCGAUCGCCGUAGAAGCCAUUCAGCCGCGGCACACUGGUAUCGGUAGCUUGAUGAAGUCAGCAAAGCAAGAUAUGAAGGUCCCCGAGUUUGAUAUGAAUGCAUUUUUCUAA